CUUCUAUGAACCAUAUAAUAAUAGUGUUAAACUUAAUAUAUUCAUAUUUUGUUGUCUCACCUUAGAAAAAAGUAUCUGAAAAUCGGAGAAUAUUCAUCAUUUUUACCGGGAAGAGAGAUGGCUAUGGAGGUUGCACCAUCUUUUCCGACUUGGGAAGAAAUUGAGCUUGCAGAAAAUUAUAUGGUGUGUUGUAUGUACCAAGAAGCAGCAGCUUUGUCUUCCUCAAUUAUUGAGCAAUUAGUUGACAAAAAUGUUAAAACGAAUGAACCCAAUUGCGAAUUCGGUGAUAUGUUGGAAUCAGCUGCAAUGAUUUUGAUGCAGUCAUGCAAAGCAUCGGAGAGGACAUCAGAAAUAUUGAAACAGCUGAAAGUGCUAUUUGGUUCAGUCACUGCUAUUCCUGCCCAAGUUUUCCUUACUGGGGUGUGUCUCCAGAUACCAGAUGGCCCUUCUGCUGAAGUUCAAGAAAUUCUAGAGGAGUUCCUUAUGAAGUGGAGAUAUGUUGAUGGAAAGUAUUAUACUGUUGCAAGCAUGGAAGCUGAUGUACCUUACGUGGAAGAAUUUAGCAAUCAGAUUUCCCUUGGAGUGGAUAAGUACCUGGAAAUCAUUGAGCUCUAUGUGAUAACCUUUUUGGGGAGGAUUCUAGGAAAUUUUGAUCUUGCUAUCUCUUGGGUUGAGAAAUCCCCUCUACCUGAGGAGAAGAGGCAGGAUCUUUUGAGGCGGUUGCACUCCAUGAAUACUUUAAAGCUUGGCAGCUCUUUGCAAUCCUCGGCAUUACCUCUCCAAAUAGAUGAAUGUACAACUGAUUCCUCUUCCCUAGUUGAAGAAAAGUCAUGCAAUGGAACAACAAAUAUUUUGGAACACAGAGACCAGUCUAAGGGAGAGAACACCACGAAACAAUCAAUUCUGGAUUUUUCUAGACGGAGAACUCCAUUUUGGUGGUUUCGUACAGUAACUUUGAAGUUUGGAAGCAGUCGCUUGGUUUUAUCAAAUGGAAGCAUCUUUCUUGGUUUUUUGGUGGCACUUGUUUACUAUAUUGCGAGGAGAAAACAAGCCUCUUUAUGGAGUAUUGUUAAGAGACAAGCUUCGUCUACGAAGAAGGCUUUGGUUGAUUUCUGGCAACUUGCAUUCUCAUAUCAAGUGAACCCUCUUGCUGCUGUUCAACCGCUCCCGCCUGCAACACGUGGAAGCCGGUGAUGCACAAUUUUGUUCCUCAUACCAGAGGUGUUACUUGUAGAUAAAUAAAAGAUAUUGCUACUAUCAUCUUAAGUUGGAGAGGAAAUUGAUUUUGAUAAUUGAAAAAGAUUGUUGGAAGAAGCAGGUUCCUUGACACAUCGUUCGUGAUAUCACACGGCAAACAAAUACUUAAGAACCAAGUCCCUAAUAAUACUGUUGAUUAGAGGCAGCAGGCAUUGUUUGUAUGUAUGUAGAGGUUCCUUUACAGUAAGGUCUCAAUUUUUGAAAAAAAUCAUGCAACUCCAACUUCACUUUUAUUAACUCAUGGUGUGUGAACAAAACGAUGGAGAAAUUUUACUUAACUCUGUGAAUCGCAUAACCAACAGUACUUAUGUGAGGUGGUUUAAAACUCAAUAUUUUGUCAAUUACCUUUGAAUCUUUGUCAAUAGUUACAAAAUCUGUGGAUUGAGACAACCUCUCCUUUGAUUUUUUUCUUCACUGCAAGCAGUAUUCACAUAAUCUGUUUGUUUCUGUAUGUAUACCAAGAUAUCAAUGAUGAUUCCCAUUUCGGAGAACCCUACUUCCUUGCCCAAAAAAAAGUUUUUGGAGUUUUCAGAUUUCCAACAGAGGUUGCAUAGAUGGAGCAUUCAGGCAAAGACAAAAGCAAUAUGGUACGCAUAAGUUCAUGUUAUCUUUACUAUUUCUCAAGACUAGUAAAAUUUGAAAGUGUGAUUUUACAGCCUGUUCUUGAGGAACUAUUGUAUUUCUAAGCUACCUGCUUCAAGCAGCGAUAAGACUACUAGGGUAAGAGUGAAGUAAAGGGAGAUCCAUUUAAGGAGAUUUUAGAGUUAGAAAAGAAAGAUGCAAAGGUCGUAGUUACUUUCUUUACAUCAUGUGAAGCCUAGAAGGAUAUGAAAUAUAUUAACUCAAGACAAUAGAUUCACUUUGGUACUUGAUGUCUCAAACCAAAGACAUCGUUGUUAUCCCUUUCUUUCCUCAUUUCUCUCAUCUUCUUUUUAGAGGACGAUGUAAAGUUAGAAAGAUGGAAGAACCUACUAUAACUUUACGCUUGUGCACGUUAGGAAAUGACUAAAAAGCCAUCUUAACUUUGUCUUCUUCUUUGAAACAAGAAUUUGCCUUAGAUCACUCCCCGAUGAUCUUGAGAAUCUGAUCAACCUUGAAAUUUUGAACGUUAGCAGAAAACUGUAGUACCUGUCAAAGUUGUCCUGUUCAGUAGGAUUUUUCAUUGCUCUCCAUGAACUAGAAGUUAGUUACAACAAGGUUACCGAAUUACCAGAUUCCAUCGAAUACUUGAAGAAGCUCCUGAAGCUGAGGGUGGAAGUCAACCGCCUUGUUUCUCCUCCACCGGAGGUAGUGGAGCAAGGGAUACAUGCAGUUAAGCAAUA